AUGUUCCGCCUCUGCUGGGGGCCUCUCCGCGAGCCGAUUCGCUACGCCUCGCUGUUCCCGCACAACCGCGUCCUACGCUCCGUCUUCGACGCGGCGCCGGAGCGCGUGGCGUUGACGGUGGAGCCCCCUGGGGGGGGGCGGCGGUGGAUUUCACCUACGGGCGGCUUCGCCAGGACGUCCUUCGCGUCGCGGACGGCCUCGUCGCGCGGCGGACGGCCCUCGCCGAGGCACGAGGGGAGCCGCCGGGGGGUUGGCAACAGCCCCGGCGGCCGGACCACGUCCGCGGCGUUUUCACCCAGGGCCCGCGCACGCCGAGUUGUGAGUAUUUAA